AUCGGAAAAUAAGUUUCAGUGAAGAUGAAGCUUGGAAAGAAAUUUCUUCUGUGUUUCCUAAUACUAUUUCUUGGAUUUAGUAAAGUGUUUUCUCUUAAAUGGAAAAUUUUUCAAAAUCUCCACGGUCCACCACCACCUCCAGCGGCUAAAAGUAGCCCCAGAGUUGUUAGAGAAGGAUGGAUAGAGCAACAACUGGAUAACUUUGACGAUUACAAUAAUGCAACGUAUCAAAUGAGAUACUUAGCCAACGACGAAUUCUAUCAAUCUGGAGGACCUAUCUUCAUUUUCGUAGGUGGAGAAUGGGAAAUAGCACCGGAUUUUAUCAUCGGUGGGCACAUGUACGACAUGGCAAAGGAGAUGAAUGGGUACAUGUUCUACACUGAGCAUAGAUUUUAUGGACAGAGCCGUCCAACACCAGACACGUCUUUUGAGAAUCUUCAAUAUCUCCACAUUAAUCAAGCCCUUGCAGAUCUGGCUCAUUUCAUUCGAACUAUGAAGCAAGAAAUUCCUGGAGCUUCUAGUUCUGGCGUUAUCCUUGUUGGAGCUUCGUAUUCAGCAACAAUGGUUACAUGGUUUAGACAGAGAUAUCCAGAACUGGUUAAUGGAGCUUGGUCUUCAAGUGCUCCACUUCUUGCUCAAGCAGAUUUUUCUGAAUACUUUGUAAUCGCAGGACAAUCAAUAAGGAUUGUUGGAGGAGAUACCUGCUACAAUGCUAUGGAAGAAGCCUUUAAGGAAAUGCAACGCCUGAUUGACGUUGAAGAAUUUGAUAUUUUGUCAGAAAAAAUGUAUCUCUGCUCCCCUUUAGCUAACAAUCAAGACGAUAUUUCUGUAUUCUUCAAAUCACUUGCCGGUUUAAUGGCACCUGUUGUGCAAUAUCAUACACCUGGAGUAAUUGAGGGAGCUUGUAACCUCAUUCUGAAUGCAGAAACUCCUAUUGACGGUUAUGGAGACUUGGUUAGAUUAUUAUUCGGAGAAUGCUGGUAUGCUGACAAUCAAGGAUUCAUCGAACAGUACAGAAAUCCUACGUGGACUACAGACAUUACCCGUCCAUUUGUUUAUCAACAAUGCAACGAAUAUGGAUGGUUUCAGACAACCAAUGCUCCUGAUCAACCAUUCGGAUCAAAUAUUCCACUUGAUUUUCAACUACAAUGGUGCCAUGAGAUCUUUGAUGAAUCCUUCUACAAUGAAUCCAUCAAGUACAACGUCUACGUAACGAACCUCAACAACAAUGGACUUAAUCCUGUAAUAACGAACGUUUAUUCAACGCACGGACAAAUCGACCCGUGGCGAUCAAUGGGAGUACAAGAGAAUGUUAAUUCCUUCGCCCCUGUUGUCGUCAUUCCAGGGGCUUCACAUUGCAUGGAUCUGUACUCAAUCAGCCCUACUGAUACUCCCGAAAUGAUAGCUAGUAAACAGAGAACAACAUCCCUCGUAAGGCAGUGGUUAAUGAUAUUCUAACUUUUAUUUUUUCAAGAAAGAUUAAUUUUAAGCUUUAAGAAUAAAAAAAAAGAAAAUAAGAAAAUUCUUUCAAUCAAUGACGAAGCUUUUUGGAAGACAUUCAACAUCAAUGAUGUCGCAACUCACAUUGCUUAUCACUGACUGAAAAUUCUCCUAAAUAUCAGGUCAUAAAUCUCCUAAAUCUUCAUCCAAAUCCCAUGUAUCUCAAGAGCCCUUGUGAUUGAUAAUUUUCCAUUUGAUUGUAUUUCUUUGAGUAUAAAAUGAAAGGCAGUUUAUCAGAGUUUUGUCAGUUUGAAGAAAACUUUCCUGUACUCAAGAUGAAAGAGUUGGCAAAGUUAAUUUGUUUCAUUUUCUUUACGUUUCUAUUGAGUGAAGUUAAGUGCAAAACAUGGGGGAGUUUUUACAAAGAAAUCUACAGAGGACCACCACCACCUAGCCCUAAGAGCAAUCCCAGAGUUGUUAGAGAAGGAUGGAUAGAGCAGUUAGUAGAUAAUUUUGACGAAUACAAUAAUGCAACAUAUCAAAUGAGAUACUUGGCUAACGAUGAAUUUUAUCAACCUGGUGGGCCUAUCUUCAUCUUUGUCGGAGGAGAAUGGGAAAUAACACCAGAUUUUGUAAUUGGUGGCCAUAUGUAUGAUAUGGCAAAAGAAAUGAAUGGAUAUCUCUUCUAUACUGAGCAUAGAUUUUACGGACAAAGUCGACCUAGUCCUGAUACAUCCUACGAAUACCUUCAAUAUCUCCACAUCAAUCAAGCUCUUGCAGACCUAGCUCACUUUAUCCGAACUAUGAAACAAGAAAUUCCCGGAGCUUCUAGUUCAGGCGUUAUCCUUGUCGGAGGAUCCUAUUCAGCUACAAUGGUUACGUGGUUUAGGCAAAAGUAUCCAGAACUGGUUAAUGGAGCUUGGUCUUCAAGUGCACCGCUUCUAGCUCAAGCAGACUUUGUGGAAUACUUCGAAACAAUCGGUCAGUCAAUAAGAACUGUUGGUGGUGAUGCCUGCUAUAACGCCAUUGAAGGAGCUUUCCGAGAAAUGGAACGCUUAGUUGAAGACGAAGAUUUUGAGACACUAGCUGAAAAAACGAAUAUGUGCUCAACUCUAGAAAAUAAUCCGGAUAACAUUGCAGUUUUCUUCGGAACUGCUGCUAUUUUUAUUGCACCUUUAGUUCAAUAUCAUCGGCCAGGUGACAUUGAAUGGGCUUGCGCAACAAUAAUGGGACAAGAGAGUAAUAUUGAGGGUUAUGGAGAAUUUAUAAGACAAACCAUUGGGGUUUGUUGGGAUGCUGAUUACGACGAAGCUAUUCAGUACUAUGCGAAUACUGAAUGGUCUCCUGAUAUCUCAAGACAAUGGUUGUAUCAAACUUGCAACGAAUUCGGUUGGUUUCAGACAUCUGGAUCUCCUGAUCAACCUUUCGGAUCAAUGUUUCCCGUUGAGAUGAACUUCCAAAUAUGCCAUGAUGUUUUCGGUGAUAGCUACUACAACGAAUCCAUCAACUACAACAUUUACAUAACUAAUCUGAACAACAAUGGACUCAAUCCGGUCAUUACGAACGUUUAUUCAACGCACGGACAACUGGACCCAUGGCGACCAAUGGGAGUACAAGAGAAUGUUAAUUCUUUCGCUUCUGUUGUCGUCAUUCCAGGGGCUUCACAUUGUAUGGAUCUGUACUCAAUAAGCCCUGAUGAUAGCCCCGAAAUGAUAGCCAGUAAGCAGAGAACAACAGCCCUCGUACGACAGUGGUUGAUGAUAUUCUAAUUAUUUUAUGUAUUCAAAUUAAACAAAAAUCAAUUGAUCAUUCCUGCUUUAUCAACGAACAUUCUACAACCAAAAUCAGACCUUCCGGUUAAUAAAACUUACAAUUCAUUGAUGUU